AAUGGAGCAAGUCAUUGCCGUGUUUGACCUCAACUCAGAACGAAGGCUUUCCUUCUUUUAGUUUUCUACUCUCGCUGGAACACACAAACACGGUACCGCAGCUGCCACAGAGAUUUCAUUCUUGCACUUUCAUUUUGCAUCUCCCAAGAACAACAACAAUAACUUGCUUGCUCAGCACUCUACCACCAACAAAAGGAUUGUUAUUGGGGGCGGUGGCUCUUCUUUUAGGCCUAAUCUGCUACUUCUUCUUCUCGUGUCUGUAAAGAGGGUUUCAAAGUAGAAUUGAUCUCCGAAACAAACACACAGAGAAAGAUGAGAAGAGGUGCAAAUAAUAAUGGUAGAGCAGUCAACAACACUAUGGAUACUAUAAACGCUGCUGCCUCUGCCAUCGCAGCUUCUGCCCAAAAUCGCGCUUCUCAACCAACUCAACAGAAGAAAAAAUGGGGAAGCUUGUUGAACAUAGCUGGGUGCUUUGGAUAUCAGAGGAAUCGAAAGCGUAUCGGGCACGCAGUCCUUGCUCCAGAAACAGCACCUUCUCGUGCAGAUCCUACUGCACCUGCUGCCGUUAUCUCAACACAAGUUCCUACCAUAACACUUCCCUUUGUGGCACCUCCCUCUUCACCUGCCUCUUUCUUUCAAUCAGAACCGCCUUCAACCGCGCAAUCUCCAGUUGGUAUUGUAUCCCUCACGUCUGUGUCUGCCAGUAUGUACUCUCCUGGUGGCCCUGCUUCAAUCUUUGCAAUCGGCCCUUACGCCCACGAAACACAAUUGGUUUCGCCGCCUGUUUUCUCGGCAUCAUCCACUGCUCCUUUCACUCCACCUCCUGAGUCUGUCCACUUGACUACGCCGUCUUCGCCUGAGGUGCCCUUUGCUCAGCUACUUGACCCACAAUAUAGGAAUGGAGAGACCUAUCAAAGGAUCCAAAUAUCUCACUAUGAUUUCCAAUCCUAUCAGUUUCAACCAGGAAGCCCGGUUGGUCAACUCAUAUCACCUAGGUCCGCCAUCUCAGCUUCUGGAACCUCGUCGCCAUUUCCAGACACCGAGUUUCCUGCUGGUGGCUCCCAUAUACUUGACUUGCAAGCAGCAGACCCUUCCAAGCUUCUUAACUUGGAGAAAUUUUCCGCUCAUGAGAACCGCAAGUCAAAAGAAAGUUCUGGGUCUAUAACACCUGAUGCUGCAAGGUCCACAACUCAAGGAAAUUUUCUUCCAAAUCAUUGGGUUUCUGAGAUCAAAAUGUCUCCACAUCCAAGCAAUAAUGGCUUGAGUGAGAUCAGUUUAAGCCAUAGGGUAUCAUUUGAAUUAUCUGCCCAAAAAGGAAUGAGAUGUGUGGAAAACAAACUGCCAUCACCAUCAUCAUCAGCAUGGACUAAAGUACUGUCAAAAUUGAAAUAUGAAGCAGCAGCAACGGUAGACAAAGAAGAAAGUUGUAGAGAAACUAGGCAUGUUGAUGACCAAAAGGUAGCAGCAGCUGAAACUCCAAAUGAUGCAGCCAAACAAACCAAUUUGGGUGCAGAGGAUGCAAUAGUUGAUGAGAAGGAUGAGUCCUUAACCCUUUCUUCUGGCAAGGAAUUCAAAUUCACCAAUGCAGAUGGUGCAGAUUCUCAUGGCCCCAAUAUAGUUGCUGAUUGGUGGGCUAAUGAGAAAGUUGCAGGCAAGGAAGGAGGGGCCUCCAAGGAUUGGUCUUUUUUUCCAAUGAUUCAACAUAGUGUGAGCUAACCAAUUAUCAAUAAGGGCUUAUUCAUGGACUUGCUAGAAUAUGCCAUUGUUUCCUUAAUUUUUGUUCAGUAGUACUGCUGUGGGGUAGCAGACUAAACAAACAAACAGCACAGGUGCCAAUUGAAUCAUAGUAACUUAAGAUUGGGCAGUCUAACACACAGUGAUGGGGAUCUUUUUUCCACUUUCAAUGGCCCCAAAAACAUAGCUGCAAGUUUUUCAUAGUUUUAUAUGUUUUUUCUAUUUUCUAUUUCUUACCAAGAAUGGUUACAGAUAGUUGUACAGUUUUAGCUCCUGUAACUUUGUAUCCUUUUUACAUGUAAUAUGUUCCUAUAUAAAUAUAAAUAUUUUUGACAGUGAUA